AUGAACCCCCUGGAAAGGCAGCUUCCAGGACAGAGCCCCCUGGAAAGACAACUUUCAGGACAGAGCCCCCUGGAAAGACAAAUUCCAGGACAGAGCCCCCUGGAAAGACAACAUCCAGGACAGAGCCCCCUGGAAAGACAACUUCCGGGACAGAGCCCCCUGGAAAGACAACUUCCAGGGCAGAGCCCCCUGGAAAGACAACUUCCAGGACAGAGCCACCUGGAAAGGCAACUUCCAGGGCAGAGCCCCCUGGAAAGACAACUUUCAGGACAGAGCCCCUUGGAAAGAACCAUCUUCUCAGGGCAAGCCCCCUGGAAAGGGACAAACUUUCAGGACAGAGCCCCCUGGAAAGACCUAACCUUUCAGGACAGAGCCCCCCUGGAAAGAGACAACUUUGCAGGUCAGAGCCCCCCUGGAAAGAAACAACUUUCAGUACAGAGCCCCCUGGAUAGUCAACUUCGGGCGGGGCAAGAGCCUGGAAAUGACAACAUUUCCAGGACAAGCCCCUGUAAGUACCCCCAACUUCCAGGACAGAGCCCCCUGGAAAGGACCAACUUCCAGGGCCAGAGCCCCCCCCCUUUGGAAAAAAACGGGACAAACUUCCAUGGCCAGGAAAACCCCCUUGAAAGAACACCUCCAGGACCUGGAGCCCCCUUGGAAAGACAAACUUCAAGGACAGGAGCCCCCUGGAAAGACAACUUCCAGGGUAGAGCCCCCUGGAAAGACAACUUUCAGGACAGAGCCCCCUGGAAAGACAACUUUCAGGACAGAGCCCCCUGGAAAGGCAACUUCCAGAACAGAGCCCCCUGGAAAGACAACAUCCAGGACAGAGCCCCCUGGAAAGACAACAUCCAGGACAGAGCCUUCUGGAAAGACAACUUCCAGAACAGAGCCCCCUGGAAAGGCAGUCUCCUGGAACGGUUACCUCUUAGAAAAACCACCUCUGGGAGAGAGUCCCUCAUGGAAGGGCAAUCUCCUGGAGAAGACCAUAGUAAAAGCCACUUGGAAAAGCAACAUCCUAGACCUGGAAAGGCAACCUUCUUAGUCUAA